AUGAGUGACCAUCAGGCAGCGUCCAGCUCUCCUGACUGCCCUCAGUGUCCCCAACACAUCCUGACAGGGGCAGAGGCAGCCAUGUCCUACUCCCAGUUCUGUGAAGCAUUUGGCUUUCCCAUGGGGCCCUCGGGGGCCAGGGCCCUGCGGCUGUUCUAUGAGCUAUGGGGCCCCAGUGGGACCUUAGUGCAGAGGGGCCAGGCUAGCAACUGUCUUGCACAAGGUCAACACCCUGAGCCCCUGCUGUUUGACCAUCAGGGCUACUUGUCCUCAGUACUAGAAGUGUGUGAGGAAGUGAGCUACAUCAUACUGUACUGUAACUACACGCCGUGCCAGGAGUGUUCCCAGACCCUGAUCUCCUUCUUGCUGCACUAUCCAUGGGUGCGCCUGGAUCUGCUCUUCUCCCAGCUCUACCACACAGCCCCCAGCCAGACCCACAGUCUGGACAACCAAACAGGCCUCCGCAGCCUGGCUGCCCUCUGGCCUCGACUCACCCUCAGCCCCAUCUCUGGAGCUGCUUGGGGGCAUCUGCUAAGGUGUUUUGUUAGAGAUGUCCCACCGUCGGCCCUACAGCUCCCCCUGCUGCCUGAGAGGGUAAGGUCGGACAGGGUUAAUGCAAUUCAGAUAUCAGCAAUUACAGGCAUAGGCCCUGCCUUUUUGGACCUCCCACUGAGGACAUACACAGAGCCUGUGGAGAGAACCCACACUCCCCAAGCGUUCACCCUGCUCUCUCCCCCACACCUGAACACAUCCAUGCACAUCUCCACACCCCAACCUAGGGUAGUUAAUGCCCCCCUCCCAGCCUAUCUUCACCCUAUCAAUGUGGUCAGACAUGUCAGGAUGCCUCCACCUUGGAGGGGUCAACCCCAAUCUCCUCCCUCUUCCUCUGGGUUCUUCUCCCCCCUGCUCUCUCUGCGGCUGCCUGGGCGUCUGGUGGAGAUAGUGCGGGAGGUAGAGAAGGAAGUGCGAACAGCAGUCUGUCUGAGCCUCAACGACUGA